AUGGUAUUAAAAGUUAAAGCACUUUAUGAUUGUUCAGCCGACGAUGAUUCUGAAUUAUCUUUCAAAAAAGGAGAUAUAAUUGUUGAUGUUACCAAAACAAAUGAAGAAGGUUGGUUAGAGGGAAGAAAAGAAGAUUCAAACAUAAAAGGAUUAUUUCCAAGCAAUUAUGUUCAAUUGAUUGAAGAAAAGAAAAUUCCACCAAAAAUACCUCCUCGCAAAAUUGGUACCAACUCUAAUAAUAAUAUACAAGAAAUUGAUAAAUUACCUUUAUUUGAAACAGGUUCUAGUGGGUCAAUUAAAGAUCCUGCAGAAUCAGAUAUUGGAAUAUCAAUAGGAAAGCCUAGAAAAAUUUCAAAGAAUACACUGGCUGUUUUUGAGUCUAAUGAGACUUUGCCAAUAAAACCUUCUAUCAACCCUAGAUCAAAAUUAUCACCAAGUCUUGAUCGUCCAAUACCUGAUUCAAGACCACCAUUACCUUCAAGAAAGCUAUCAAAUACUCCUUCAAUCUCUAGUGCCAGUUCAAAUAGUAAUGAUUCAUUAGCACCACAAACACCACCAAGACCAUUUUCAUCAACAAACUCAAGUACUACUUCAUUUACAAAAUCAGUAGCUGAAAAUCAUACAGAUAAUUCUGAAAAGGCAAAGAUAACAACACAAGAUCAAUCAGUAAAAGUUGUACAACAAGGAAUAUCUAAUAACUUUUCUCAACUUAAAGGGGAAUUUGAAAAAUCUCCAUAUGGUAAUAAGAAAAUUUCUGCUAUAAAAUCCUCACAAUCACCACCACCAUUGCCCUCAAGAAAAAAUCUUGGAUUAAGUACUGAUUCAGAAAUCAAAAUUCCACAUAGACCACUUCAAUACAGUGGUAUUCCAUCAGAUGCAAAAAAACGAUAUGAACUAGUUUUUGAUUCUAAUAAAGAAGAAGAUCUUAUUGAUGCUGCUGUAGUUAGAGAAAUAUAUAUAAGGAGCAGAUUAAACAACAAGACUUUAUAUAAGAUAUGGGAUCUUUUGGAUACUGAUAAAGAUGGAUAUUUAAAUAGAAACGAGUUUUGUAUAGGAAUGUUUUUGAUUGACAAAAGACUUGAAGGAGACCCAGUUCCUGAUAAGUUGCCAAAAGAACUAUUAGUAUGA